CAAAAGCGUGGCUAAGCUUAGACUUCCCUGGACUGUUCUGGCUCCAUAUAGCUAGCUGGAAAACCAUCAAACUCCCAAUGGUCAUCUUUUCUGCCUUGUCCUGGUGAAGAUGAUACCUGUCUUGCCUCUGAACUUUGCUGUGCUUCUCAUCUUCUGGUUGCAUGUGGGUGAGUCAUCCUGAAAACUCUUUACAUUCCAGAGCCAAGGAGAGCUGUUUAGUUUGUGUUCCCUUGGUGGAGGAAUCUGGAAACUGGCUUCAUCUAAAGGUGCUUCCCGAUGGGGGCUUAAUUUGCAAACAGAUUAUUGAGAUAUUUGCCAGUGAGUUGUUGCAACAGUUUUUCAAAAAGUGUAUUGUCGUUUCCAUAGAAAGGGUAAAUCCAGAUUAAAUUGUGUGUGUGUGUGCUGUGGGCUGGCAUUUUGAGGAUGAGAAUGCUGUGUGGGUACUGCAUGACGAAGGCACACUGUUCCCACGCUGAAUGUCUUUCUAAAAGCAUCCUAAGAUCCCCAAAUACAAAUGGGGGAAUGGAAAAUGUCUUGUGUGAUGGAUGAGGUGUCAGAAGUGUUGGUGGCAAGGGAAAAAAAUAGGUAUAAAAGGAAAAAUCUUGGAUGCCAAGAUCCAAUCUCAUUCAUACUAGGUCUAAUCUGAGAAAAACAAACUCAUUCCAAAAAGAAACAUGAGCUCUGGGUGAGUGCCUGGAACCCCUGGAAACUCACACCCCCUCGGAGGCCAGGGUGGGUGGCAGGCCAGUAUUAUUAUGGGAGUAAGGAGACAGUUCCUGGUUCCUGGAGAGACCCUUGGUUUAGUUUCCUUGGAAGGAAGAGGACUGGAAAUUGAUGACUUUUCUGUGAUAGGAGGUAGGAGAUAGAGAUCUCCUAUCUGCCCAUUAGAUUUCUAAAGGAGCCCGAGUGCCAAAGCACUGGAUUCACCACUGAGCAAGCCAAGCUAAGCUGCUGUGUCUUUUUCAUAUGCAGUUUCAAGACUCCUGCCUUUUGACUAUUUCAGGCAAUAUGCUUUCCCCCCAACAUACUGCCCCUCACCUAACACCCCAGAGGCAUAUUAGGGGGAACUGCUUUUCAAAAAUAUGUAUAUUAGGCAAAAUUACAUAAAAAAUAUUUAUAGUAUUUUUUGUAGUAUUGUAUGAUGUUAUUGUACAUGUCUAAUAUAUCUGACUGGAGAUAUUCACACAAAAAUACUGGUGAAUUAUCAUGAGGUCUUUAUUGUUAAUAUUGCAAACUGAUUUGGAAACUUGGAAAACUGAACUUAAGGUUGGAAAAAUGAAAAGCUGAUAGAUACAUACUUCAAUCACAAGGUGUGGGAGAGAUUUGCAUUCUUAGCCUUAGGCUGAGCCACUGGAACAGGUCCAGUCCUCUUUUCUACUUCAUUGGCUGCCUAUUUGUGUCUGGACUCUGUUAAAUCUUUUUUUAUAGCCAUAAAUUAUCUAACAGGUACUCGUACUUCAAAGGAAACAUGAGAACUGUAGUGAGGGGAAGGGGACUAGGCAUCUCUACCAGAUAAAAGUCCCUACUGCUGCACAUCACCCAAAUCUCUGGUGGUGCAAGAUUCCAGAGGUUCCAGGUGCUGACCUAGGGUUCAUGUUUUGUUUUGUAAUGAGGCUUUGUGUCAUCUGUUUGAUAUAUGGUUAAUUUACAUAUAUAUACGAUCUGAAACUAUGAUGGUGGGGCUCACAGCAUCAACACUCCAACAGAGCAUUCUCUCCUGGCCAUAGCUUUGGAUUCCAACAGAAAUCAGGCAAGGCUCUGCCUCUCGCAGCUGCCUGGCCUGCAGCUUCCAGCUUCUGGUUUCUAGCUCACAUAACUCAAAUUCCCCACUCAGGACUUCUGGUGAAGCAAGAUGGCAAGCCCCUCUGAGGACCACCAGCACCAGCUGCACUGCCUGGCUGGUCCGCGUGCCAACUGCCGCCGCCACUACUGCGAUGGGGGGGGGGACCAAGGUGCCCAACGCGACAGCCAGGGAGGCUGCAUGGAGCCCCCAGCUCCUCCAGCGGCCUCAACCCCGCUGGGACCGGGAGCACCAACGGCCCAGUGGAGCUCCACGACCUGGAGGCCUCUGGAGCUGAACAGAAAACAAAAAGGAGGGGCCCCCCAGCCGAGCACCAGCUUAGAUAGGAGGGUCCCGGGAGGGCCAGGGAGGCCGUGACGAAUUGCACAGCCUAGCCCAGGCCUGACCCCGAGGCUACCUCCCUGGCGGUUAGCGCAAAAAUAGCAGGCUGGGACCCUGGAGACCACCUCACAGGAAAAAACACAGCACGGGUUCCCCCCGUUGGAAAUAUAUAUAUAUAUAAUAUUUUUUAAUAAUUUUAUUAUUAUUUCUUCAAAAAACUGUAAUGGCAUCCAUGUAAGAGGCGUGAACCACUGAAAGCCACUCCCUGGGAUUCCUGCCUUAGCCCUAAUCCAGGGACCUGAAAUCCAGACUCUGCGGGCCCCGCAGUGAAAUUAAAACUGCUUGUGAGUCAAAAUUACAGCAAAUACAUUUUUAAAUUAUAUACAUGAACCACUUUUUUAUUAGUACCAUUAGUUUCCAUUUUUUAUUCCUUUCACACAUUUUCUAUGAUUACUUAUAUUUUGUAUUUUUACCCUUUCUAAUUUUUUUAAAAAAAUUCUCAUUUAAAAAAACCCGCCUUCUCACUAUCACUAUCAUCUUAUUUCUACCUUUUAUUUUUUAGAUUCCAAACAUCUCAACAUUUUUAUUAAAAAAAAAUUAAGCUACAUAUAGGCUACUCUCUAUAACCUGCCACCCAAUCUUCAGCCCAUCCCUAACUCCCCUCUUCUCCCACCCAUCAUACUAUAUGUCAGCACAACACAAUAGGUUCAAUAGACAAUAUAAGGUGAGAAACAGGACAGCCCAGAUGGGUUGGCACGGAAUAAUAAUAUAGCAGGCACAACCAACUCCCAAGAGACUGAGAUCUACUCACAGAAGAAUCUUGAUAAAUAAGAGAAUUGGACAGGAAUUUAUAUCCUCAGACAUUACAAAGAAAAGAGGAGUAGUUUUCUAUAUUAAACCCAAACUGGACCCAAAACAGCUAUUUAAGGAUGAUAAAGGAAGAAUGAUGGUAGUAUAAAUAACAAUACAAGGUGAAAAAAUUGUUUUAGUUGGAAUAUAUGCACUGAAUGAGAAGAAAUCUGAUGGUGUUCCUGCUUGGCAGGGGGUUGGACUCGAUGGCCCUUGUGGUCUCUUCCAACUCUAUGAUUCUAUGAUUCUAUGAAAUCAGAAUUUUAUAUUUAGAUUAAUUAAUGGGAGAUACAAAUGGAGUAGUCUCCCUGGAAAUGAAUAAAAUCUUAAGAAAAACAGAUUCAAAGGAAGGGAGACUACACACAACCUUCUAAAAAAUGGAGAAUUUCAGUUUACCAGAUACUUGGAGUUUUAAACACCCACUGGAUAGAGAAUAUACAUUUCGUUCAAAGGUCCAUCAAUCUAGCAGAAGGAUAGACUCGGUAUGGCUAUCUAAAGCGUUAUCAAUAACAGUAAAAAAAAAGUAGAAAUACAACCAAGAACACUCCUGGAUCACAAUUUGAUAAUUCUUGAACUAAAAAGGGGAGGGGAAUACCCCAUUUAGAUGGAGAUCGAAUGAGGAGUUAUUAGAUAAUCAGGAUAUAAGACAAAAAACAGAAAAAGCCCUGAAAGAUUAUUUUGAACUAAACUUAGAUCAAUACACUGAUAGGAGGAUUGUCUGGGAUGCUAGUAAGGUGGUAAUGAGAGGAUUUUUUUAUCCAAGAAAAUGCCUAUCAGAAGAAAAUUAGAAAAAAUAAGAAAAAGCAGAUAUUAGAUGGACUGAUUAGAAAUGAGAAAGAACUAAUUACCAUAUAUUUCGCUCCAUAAGAUGCACUUUUUUCCUCCUAAAAAGUAAGGGGAAAUGUGAGUGCGUCUUAUGGAGCGAAUGGCGCUGCGCAGAGAGGUAGAGGUGUGCAGUGCCCCUUCAGCGAAGCGGGAGGAGGAAUGGAGCCCCUUCUGUUCCUUCUCCAGCUUCGCUGAAGGGGCGCUGUGCAGUUCUCCCUCUCAGAUAUCUCCCCAUAUCUUUUCUUUCUUUCUUAUAGUGCACUUCCUUGACACUUGCAAUGUGACUAUCCACCCUGAGGCACCUGCUGUGGAAUUUGGAGGUUCUGUGAAUCUGAACUGCACAACUACAUGUGCUAACUACACCCGGUUGGAGUGGGAGGUGUCUGUUGAAGGAGGAAUCCAGAAGGGCGAUGGGUGGAUUUCUCUAAACAUCACCAAUGUGUCUGAAUGGGAACUUCAACCUAUAUGCAUAGUCCAAAGAGCAGGCUUUGAUUCCUUAGACACCAAUGUGGUCAUCUAUGUUUACCGUGAGUAUGCACAGAAUUUCAUGGCGGGGAGGGCAUCUGGAGGCUAUGUAAUUUAGCCUCCUUCCUCACACACAUAAUGUCGAGGGGGGAAAUAGGUCCUAUGUUUCCAUGUCGUCCCACUACCCUAAAACAAAAUAGCAGAGUACACAUGUUAUUAGACAUGGUAUGCUGCAUAACAUGGCUGUGAGGCCUGAGGAAAGAGGGAGGAAAACCCAAGACCCGCCCAAGACAUUUUGGUGAUUGGGGCACAUGAUCUUAGCGGCUCCGCUGCUCUACAAAAAUCAUGCUGCAUGUAGUAUUAGCAACACCAAUCUUACAACAAAACACCUUCUAGGAGCACUUUAACAUAACUUAAGGGCAGCGGCAAAGCAUAUGCUACCACUGCCUGGGGUGGAGCGUGGAGCGUGGAGCUUGCUGCAUCUUUUCUCGCAAAGUGGAGCGGGGGGGGGGGCGUACUUGUGCCCAGCCAAGAAGAGGGGUGGCAAAUCCACUCCUGGGUCAGGUCUGAUCCGGGAGUGGAGCUGGGGUGGCUGGCGGUGUUGGGCCAUCACAAUGAGGGAGCCUGCCAUGGGGGGGCUGCCUGGUCGUGCCCCCUCCAUGCUAUGCCACUGCUUCAGGAUGCUCAGGACUUCAUGUCUGCCAUGACAACCAUGGGGCUGUCACAAUAUAACAUCAGCCCAACGCACAUCGUAGGUCACACUCUGAAUCUUGUCUUUUCGACUGGGCAGGAAGAGGGUGAUCUGAAAGAGGCUUUUAGCCUCUUCCCCACUCUGUAGAGGCAGGGGACCCACUUUCAGAGGUUGUGGGAUCCAUGUAGUUUCCAGACAGCUCUGGAGGAUUUUCUGCCUGAUAUGACUGGCGUUCCUGUCAAAGCCUUGGCCAACCUCUGGAACAAGAGGAUGGCUUGGGCUGAACUUUUGAGUAGUGGUUUCCUAUAAAGAAAAUAUUUUAUUGAAAACAAACUGAACUUUCAAAAGAAGCCUUUGAUACUUGUGUUUAUGUCCUUCUAUUGUACAUAAAUUAUCUUUUGUAAACUUCCUUGGAAUGCCUUUGCCCUGAAAAUCAGUAUGUAAGUGCAGUCAGUCAGUCAAUCAACCAACCAAUAGGAGCUCAUCCUUGUCCACCAUUAUUUGAUUAGGUUAGGAUGCUCAGUUGUCAUACAGAGUUUUCCCUCCCAUUGCCCUGAAAUUGUUUAUAUUUAUUUUAAACAACUGGGAUGGUUAACAUUUCCAACUUCAGAAAGCCAGGAGCUGUAGAUUUCCUAGGCCUCUUUACUAGUUAGUCCUCACUUACAAUUUCAGAUGGUGGCCAUUCAUAUCUUUAUUUCCCCCAGAGUUCUCAACCCCAGUUCUCAACCUUACUUCCAAGAUUGUGGCUAAUCACCGGGAGAAAAUUGUAUGCAGCAUCCCGAGUUUGAAAGUGAGAGGUUCCAGCUCCCCAUCUAAUGUCAGCAUCUUCCUGAGAAAGGGCAGUAAUAUCCUGAAGAGGGAGCGCAGCAUUUCUGUGGAGUACAGCUUUUUGGCUAAGCCUCAGGAGGAUGGGGAUGUCAUUCUCUGCAAAGCCACCCUCCAGGUGGGCUCAGAAGUACUGCAAAAAAGUGCAAACAGAACCUUGAAGAUUGUGGGUAAGUUCUAUUUGCUAUGCAUCUGAUUGGUUUUGUCAUGUGUUCAGGGCUGGGAGGCCCAGUUUAGAAGUAAUUUAUGCACACAUGUAUCUAACAAUUUGUUCUAGCCUAGAGGGCUUAGGAUACUUCUGUAGCUGAGUAUUUUAUUUAUUUACGUGUUAAAAUGCAUUUAUAUGCCACGCAAUUUACAACCAGCUGAAAUACAAAUUCAUUUAAGUCAGUCCAUUAAACAAUAAAUAAUAAAGCACCCACCACUAACUAUUAUUCCACAUAAAAUCUUAUUGGGCCCCUAAGACCAGUGUAAAUAAAAAAGUAUUCUAGAAAUGAUGGGAGCACAUUGCUGUUGGUGCUUCAAGGGCAUGUUAUUGCAUAGGGUUGGCCAGGGGCAUAGCCAGGGUUUUAGUUGGGGGGGGGAGAACCUCAGCUACUUAAGUAUUACUAUUGAUCUUUAUUGAUUUAGGGGAGGCAGCUGCCCUUCCCUGCCCCCCCCCAGCUACGCCCAUGGAAUUGGGCAGUGUCUUUUUUGUGGGGAAAUAGGUGCCAGGACUCACCAUGAAGUUGUAGUGGUUAAAAAGUGUGGCACUUAGUGUAACAACAACAAAAAAGGUGCUGGCACUGCAUACACUUGAGUACCCUUUGGAGGGAAAAGCACUAUUGGAUGGGAGCCCAAACUGAGAAGGCUGUUUCCAUGGUGACUUCAAGAAGGGCAUCUGCAGGCUGUGGUGUAACCAAGACGGUCCCACCAAUGAACUAUACGGGAGAAAGUGUUACCUAAGCUGUCUAGGGCUUUAUACAUUACAAUAUUAGCAAAACUGUUGUUGCCUGUGGUUUAUUUUUUGUCCCAUUGUUGUCUAUUUUUGAGUCAAUAUAAAACUCUACAAAACCUGUUUGAGAAUUGUGGGAUGGGCCUGAACAUUAUGGACAAACAUGCUGUCACCUUGUAUCACCUUCAAGCUGCUUCAACUCUCAGGGGAUGGGAUUGGGGAGAAUUCAUCUCCAUCCAGGCUCAGCUCACCCUCCUUACCUGAUAGGAGGAGUUGAGGACCAGCAGCGGUGUAGCAACCCCGGCCAGUGUCUGGGGCAGACCAAAGUUGCUGAGCUUUUUAUAAUCAGGGUGUUGAUUUUAUCGGCCUGUUAAGAGGCUCGGACAUUGUGUUUCCAUACUGGCUGGCUGUGGAAGAAGCAUUUCCCCCUCCUCUGCAGCUCGCAGGCUGCUCACUUAGCAGGCUAGUGCAGUGGCAUAGCAUGGGGGGGGGGGGUUGAGGAGGUCACCGCCCAGGCACAUUUUUUAAGGGGCUCAACCAGGAACUUCGACAGAGAAAGGCCUGCCUGGGCCAGCCUUUUUAUGUCCCCCUUUCUGGUGAUGGCAUCCGGCACACAAGGGAGCUGUGUGGAGGGAGCUUCAUCCCCCGGAAGAAUCGGAGAGCAGCCACAGGGCCCUCCUCCGACGCUGCGAUCUGCGCAGCUCCACCCCCAGGGCAAGAGUUGGAGAGGCGGCUCAACACUGAGCCGGCUGCAGUGUGGAAGCGGUGGGCUCCCCCCGUUCGUGCCUGGCCCAGGAGGCGAUCAGGAUGCUACGGCAUGGGGCUAGUAAAAGAAGCCAAAGUAAAAAGCUACUAUCUUUUGUCAGCUUAUUUGCAAGGCUGGAGGGCAUCCUUCUGUUUGGGUAAUGGAGUACAACAAAGUUAAGCAAGAAUAGGCUUCAGUGUGCUGAAUCUUCCUUUGCGAGGACAGGCGGAGUCCCCCAAACCCUGGGCGGCCCCCAUGUGGAAUAACGACUCAAGACAACGUGGCAUGGGAUUAAAAUUGGCCACAACUUCAUUAUGUUUCAGAUGUGGGUAGACCUUGGCUCAGGCAUUGGGCGUUUAUCCCUCCCAGUCCCCCGCCGGGGAUCUGGGGAACAUGAGGGUUAUCCAGUGUAUGGGGGGGAUGGGCUGGCUCUGGAGAACAUAUGUUCAAGCAGAGAGAGCCGGCCCCCGUUACGCCGCCAUCACAGGGGAGAGCAAUGAUGACCUUUAGGCGUAUGGCCAAAGCCUGCCCUCAAACAACCCCUUUAACGGGCAACCCUGGUAUCACAGCCGCAAAGAGGAGGGGGGUGUGGGUUACUUCUGCACCCCCCCCCCAGUUCAGGAAAGAUAGACUAAAGGAUUCCACCCAAGGCCUGAUACUGCCAAAGUUAUGACGUUUUACUACAGAAAAGGCAAUGCAGGAGAAUUCCUUUCCGGCCCUUCAACAGCGACCUUGACCUAGCAGCGCCCGCGUACCUGUGGAGAAAAGGUUAACCUGCAAAAGAAGUCUUAACUGAGGGUGGGUAGGGUGGGAGAAGCUCUGGAGCCAACUGGCAAUUCCCAAGUAAGACCCUCCCCCUAUUGUGUGGGCAGGUAGUCCCUCCCCCUACCUGGCCUGAUCACCUUGGCAACACCUCCCCAGGCGGGAUUGGGCAACUGACUGAGGUAGGCGGAGACCUCCAGGUAUCCCACCUGGGGGGAGGUGAAGCCAAGCCUGUGCUAAUGGUGCCGCAUAGGGUCCAGGGGGCUGCGUGCGACCAUGCAAAGGGCGCCCCCCCAUUUAAUGUGGGGAGCGGUCAUCCCUUUUUGGGUACAAUGUAAUUGGGAUUGGGGAGUGUUUGGUCUCCAUCGUAGCGUGGCAAUGCUUGGCUUCUGGUGCUGUGACUGGAAUAGCAUCUGUCUAUGGCUCUCUAGGGUCACUCACAGCUGUUUUAGGUUUUAUGAUUUAUUUGUUUACCCAUUUAUAUCACACUUUUUAUGAUGAGCCUUCUGAAAGCAGCUUACAAAGAUCACUCAAAACAAUGACAGUAAUUUUAAAACUAUUUCACUACUGCAAUCUAACUAUAUUUACAAAAUCUAAGCAGCAGUGCUAACAAAAUAAAACCCGUCAUAGUGCUUUAUUUAAUAACAAAUUAAAGCAUAAUCAGAACAAGCAUAAAACAUUUUUUUUUUAUUUUUCAAAGAACACUUUAGUUUAAUUAAAAGAGGAUUGGAAUAGAAAAGUGUUCAUAGUAAAGCAAGGACCAUUUGUAUAUCGUUUGCAGGUGGCUGAUGGCUUCUGCAACUCAUCAAACAUUGUUUUUUCUUAUUGCAGCCAGUCCAUACAAUGUGAACAUCUCAACAAAUUUCACGGUGUACAAAACUGGUGCAGCCCUUGUGGUGAAGUGCCAUGCAGAGGGAAAGCCCUUUCCAGAGUUUUCAUGGGAUCUCCCCUCCCAGACUGGCGUGGAGUACUCAGAUAACAAUAAGACCAUCACAAUCCCUUCAGCGCAAAAAUACCACAAUGGGACUUACCGAUGUCUAGUACAUAAUGUCUAUGGUGAUGGCUCGACAGAGGUUGACAUUCUGUAUGAAGGUAGGUUGCAUAUGACUUUCUUUCCAGUCUCCCCCUUCCCCCAGUGUAGCACUUUCUCAACGUCCUUCCUCAUCCAAGGACGGGACUUUAUUUGCAAUUGUGAAAUGUCACAAAUGGGCCAUUGAUACCUGUCAUGGUUGCUUUUUUAACUCAUUUAAUUUCCCCCAGAAUGGGUAAACUCAGAUUAAAUGAGGGAAGAAUAUGAGCUGCUAUUGUGAUGCCAAUGAAAACUGUGUAGACUCUGGUGAAAACUUGUACAGGAUGAGAACCAUCCAUCCUAAAAUACACACCCAUCUCAAAGAAUCUCAAGUUAUUGGUUUCUCAGGAGACUAGGAAUUGAAAUUUCACCAUACAGUGGUACCUUGGGUUACGAACUUAAUUCGUUCUGGAAGUCUGUUCUUAACCCGAAGCGUUAUUGACCUGAAGCGCGCAUUCCCUACAUAGGCCUCCCACGGCCCCGGAAGCGGAUUGCGUUCGUAUCCCGGGGCAAAGUUCGCAACCCGGGACACCUACUUCCGGGUUUAUGGAGUUCGUAACCCGAAGCGUUUGUAAGCAGGACUGUUUGUAACCCGAGGUACCACUGUAUAUGAUCCUGAAAGAGAAUUUGAAGUCAGGAUGCGUGGAGAACUAUUUGGGGGAUCUGACAGGAGAUCAAUUCAGAUUUGAUAAGACUAAGAAAAAUUCAAAGGUGAUGGGCUGCACUUCAUUACUCCUCCACAGUUGAGGCUGAUAUAAAUGGAAAGAAAGGGGGAACCUUUGCAAGGAAUGUUCAAGGACCAAACUGGAAGUUAAGGAUAAUUUUCCCUAAAAGAAAACACAUUCGGCUGAAGACGUAUUGUUUAAACAGCUUCAUGUGGAUGCAUCCUAAUGCCAUCUCUUCAGCUACAUCACUCUGAGGUGGUGUGAGACAGUGAAGAAUCUGUGCAUUGCUGCCCUGUGGGCAUACCCUCCAACAUUCCUCAGAUGAAAAUAGGGACAUUUCCCACUCCUCCCCAACUGACUGGACUUGACCCCCCCAUUUCCUGUCAGAAGAAAGGCAAGGGCCACCACGGCUACACCCACAGGACACAGCACACAGGCCCUUCACCGUCCUGAGAAAACACCUUAAUCCCAAUUUUGUUUUAUAUUAUUUUAUUCUUUGGUAGAUUUACAAAAAGAAAAACACACAGCCAUAAAUACAUUUUAGAAAGGGGCAAAAUUAGAUGUAGAUGCACAAAGCAUUUUUUUUUAAAAUCCAGACCAAUUGCGUUCUGCUCCCCCCUUUCUUCUGCCUGCCCCUCAGAGCCUGCACGUCCCACGGGGCUAGGCCUGGGCCUUGGCGGGGGCAGCCUCUCCUCCUCCUCGCCUGCUCUCCAGUAGCUGCUAUGAGUUGCCCAAAGGAGGAGGCCGACAGCGAUGGGCAUGGAGAGGCAACGGGAUGCUCCCUCGCAGCUGCCACUGCCACCAUCGUCAUCACUCGCGACAAGCUCCUCCUCCUCCUCAGGCUUGGUGCUGGUGGUGCUGGUGGGGGUAACAGGGACAUUCCAGGACAUUCCGGGAUCAAAACAAAAGCCAGGAUGGUAAUUCCAGGACUGCCUCCAUAAAAUUGGGACACUUGGAGGGUAUGUUGUGAGGAAUUGUUGGGAGCUUCUCCAUGAAGCAUCUUCAGGCCUUGCACUAACUCUGCCCUCCCAGCUGGUCCUUUGAUCUCCUGGGCACGAAGGCACAUGAAGCCUGACUACUAGCUGGUCCUAUGAUUCCUGGGCACAUGGGCCCUACUUUUAGGUGGUUCUGGGAGACUUCAACAUCCAUGCCAAGGCAGUUGGCUCUGGGGCGCCUCAGGACCUCAUGGCAGCCAUGACAACCAUGGGGCUGUCCCACCAUGUCACCGGCCCAACGCCCAUGGCAGGCCACACUCUGGACCUUGUUUUCUUGACUGGGCAGGAAGAGGGUGAUGGGGGGUGGACAUCGACAUCAGUCCCUUGUCAUGUUCAGAUCACUUCCUGUUGAGAUUUAGGAUGCCAGCACCUUUUCCCUCUGCACAGGUGGGGGACCUAUUAGGAUGGUCCGCCCAUGGAGGCUGAUGGAUCCAGUGGGAUUCCCAGUGGCUCUGGGGAUUUUUCCGGCUGAUAUGACUGGUGCCCCUGUCAAAGCCCUGGCUGACUUCUGGAACACCCGAAUGGGUCGGGCUAUUGACACAAACUCCCCUGAGCACCCUCUCCCACUUCGUGGAGCCCAACUGGUCUCCUGGUACACUCUAGAGCUUAGGGCGAGGAAACAAGCUGGAAGACGACUUGAACACAAAUGGAGGGAAGAUCCAAAUGAAUGCAACCAAACACUGGUAAGGGCUCAUUAUGAAGCCUACCUAGUGGCAGUGAAGGCAGCAAAGAAGACAUACCGUAUUUUUUGCUCUAUUGGACGCACCGGACCAUAGGACGCACCGGACCAUAGGAGGGAGAGAAGAGGGGAAAAAAAUUUUUUUUCUUGUUCUCCCCCUCUAAGUCAAGGUGCGUUCUGUGCGUUCAAGGUGCGUUCACCCGAAGCCUCAGGAGCGCGGCGGGAGUUCCCGCUGGGCUCUGGAGGCUUUGGGUUCCUUUCGACCUGCUCUUUGGGGCUGGGGGGGGAGAAACGCUGCUUUCCCCCACCGCCAGCCCCAAAGACCAGGUCGGGGAAUAGCGGGAAGGCGACGCUCUGCCUCCCCGCUGUCCCCCCAGCUUGUGGGGCUGGCGGUGGGGAAAGCAGCGCUUCUCACCACCGCCAGCCUCCAAACCAGGUUGGGGAACAGCGGGAAGGCGGCGCUCUCAACCACUGCCACUGUUUUGAACAGGAGAUCUGAAAUGUGAGGCACUGAAUGGCUCUUGCAUACUUCCUACAUCCUGUUGGUUUCAAUUAGGCUCAUGCAGAAUUUCUCCAUGGCUGGUUGUGCCCCAGGGUCCAUCUGUUGCAGCAGCCUGUUUUCCAGUGCACAAGCCCUUCUUGCUGCUUGUCCCCCACUCACUGAGCACUUCUUCCUCUGCAGCCAAAUUCCAUCCUAGAAUCAUAGAAUGGUAGAGUUGGAAGGGACACUGAGAGUCAUCCAGCUCAAACCCCUGCAAUGCAGAAAUCUGGAUUCAGGCACCCAUUACAUCCAUUACCUAAUGUGCUGUCUUCUAUUAUUGCAGAGGCGCCUCGCAGCUGGGUUGCAGUCUGGGUGAUCGUGCCGGUGUUGGUCUUGGGCAUCUUGGGCACCAUUUGCUACUGCCUAAAAAGAAGAUGAUCAUUGGGGAAGAAAGCUCAAAGUCUCAAAGAGACUGUUCUUGGCACAAUGGAGACAGCUAAAAGAUCCAUUUCUUAGCAAGCCCCCACAGAAGCAACCAAGAGAGGGUAUAAUUUACUGUGAUUCAGGAUAUGGCAGCACUCGGCAGAACUGGAUGAUAGCCUGAAAGCACAUGAAUUCCAUUAAUCUGCUACUAGCUGUAGACAAAAUCAGGGACUGCUGCUGCGAAGAGCAAUGGUGGAGCUAGCCGCUCGGGCAGCCAGAGCAGCGCACAUGCCGUGCACCAGGGGGCGGAGCAUCCCGCCCAGGGGGUGCGAUCCGCGCAGUGGAUCACCACUGGGGGGAUUUUGUCACCCCUCCCCCAGGGAUGACACUCAGGGAGAGCCGCCCUCACUGCCUCCCCUUCCCACACCCCUGGUGAACAGCCAGGUACCUUUAGAGCAGGUGGAGUGGAUCUUAGAGCUCUGGCAGAGAAAACAUAUAGAAUAUGGUAUCAGACAUGGAAUUCAGCUAGAAAAGAAUCUUUGUAUUAAUCAAAGGUGAGGGGAUCAAGUUUUCACCCCUUAAGGAUGUGGAAAAUGUCCAUUGAAAUCUCAGAAGCUUAGUCUGGUUUGAUUAAAAAUCCCAGCCGCUGUGGGGAGACCUUCCCUAUGAUUUGCAGCACCAGAAUAAAUUAUGCAAAAUAAGAUAAAUUUUGCUCCCCUCCCCAUUUAUGCAUUUAUACAGGUUGCUGAAUGUAACUUUCCUUGGUGCAGAUUUUGGGGUUCAGCAGCCCUUCUCUGCCCACCUUUCUCCCAAUAAAAUCAUUUAUUUGGUUAAACGUUUCCAACUGGUAUAUAGUGGUAAGCUUGCCUCAUGCCUGAGUACUAAAUGACAAAGGCUUCGGUAUGCCACCC